AUGACCCACCCAGAUCCGGGCUCACGCGAGGAGACGCCGCUGGCGCCGGCGCGGACACCGUUCCCUGACUGCAUCGCCAGUGACGCGGGCCUCGGCUUCAUCAUCGGUGGCGCGGGCGGGUCCGUGUUCCACUUCCACAAGGCCCUCCGCAGCUCGCCCAGCGGCCGCCGCCUCGCCGGCGGCGUGCAAGCCGUUCGCGCGAACGCGCCCCGCCUCGCCGGGACUUGGACAGGCCUGCUUGUCGCCUUCUCCGCCGUCGAUUCCGCCAUGUACUCCGCUCGCGGCAAGGAUGACCCGUGGAACCGCAUCGUCGCGUUCGCCUGCAUGCGAGGCCUACGCCAUAGACGCAAGGGGCUCAAAGCCGCCAUCAGGUCCGCGCUCGUCGGCGCCGUUUUCUGGGGCCUCGUCGAGGUUUCGGUGAUCGGUAUGGACGCCGACUUCGCAGAUCCGCACCGGAAAAAUCUCAAAAAUCGCUGCCCGCUACCCGCUUCCUGCUCGGACGGGGAUCCGGCCCGCGCCGCCCAAUGA